UUGUAGAUAUAUUUUUAUUUGUUAAGGCUUUGUUCAUCACCAGCUUUACCGAUUGGCGCUUGACUGAACCAAAGACUAGCAUUGUUUAAGCAUUGUUAUCGAAGCAAAGUUUAGCGGAAUAGCUGAUUGUCUUUCGUUUCGUUUCGUUUUCCUUUACUCUUGACAUAGUUUUCGAAAAUCUAAUUAAGCUAGUUGAUAUGGCGCCGACUCGCAAGCCUCGAGUCCCAGCUCAGAAAAACCGACCACGCCAGCGUCUGCGCCAGAUUCCUUCCAGGCCACGGAAAAACCCAUACUUGAACUUUCAGGCAUACUUUAGGAAGAAACAUCCAAAUCUAGCCUCCGAAGAACUGGCGUCAAAGGCAUGUACCGUGUGGACUAGUUUAGAUAAGAAGCAGAGAAACGAAUUUACUGCCAAGAGGUAUAAGAAAAAUGUAUCGCGAAAAAUGCAACUAUGCAAGUUGCCGGAUCCUCCUCCGAAAAAAAAGGAAGUCAGGACGCAAGAAGAGCCGCAGGGACAGCAAAUACAGGAAAUGCCAAAACUUAAAUCUCCAGCAGCGUCACAGAAAGUGUUGGCGUCAUCCAGAAGCGUGCAACACGAAUCGAAGGUGAAUACAAAGGGAUCGCAUGACACGGAAAUGAUUGUGCUGCGGCAGGCCGCCUCAAUGCGAUUCUCUUCGCAUUCCCUGCACAGCCAGGAAAGUGCGACCUUAGCCGAAAAAGUGCCUUCAAGUUUGGAGCAACUGCCAAAUCAUGUUGCCGAGAAUGAACUGAUUGCCUCGAAUGAGAGAUUCGAAAACUUUAUCAAUUUCUUAGCUGGACAGAGAGAGUCGUCCUCACUGGAUGUACCGUCAUCACCAAUAGCUCACCAAAUUAAUAUUUUUUUCAAUGGCCAUAUAUCCAUUAAUAAGGACGCCUUUUUGAACUUUCUACAAGACUAUCAGAGUGAACAUACUUCGCAAACUUCCCUGCAGCAAAUCGAAAAUGCUGAGCAAUUUUGGAAUCGCUUGUCGGAUAAAGAACGCAGAGAGUAUGAGCCUCAAAAUUAUGUUUUAAAGUGGAGUAAGGUACUGAACAAUUUCUUAAACGAUGGCACUCAAGAUCGGAAUGCAGCUUCUGAAGAAACCCAAACUCAAAUCGUUAACGCCGAUUCUGUGGCAGAUGGAUCCUGCGUUACGUUGCGCCCCAGGAACACUCAUGCAACAGCACUUUCCCAGAGCAAACGACGCUCCAUCAGCUGCGCGCAGAAACCUUCAAAGCGCUCCAGACGCUCUACUUCCAACGGCUAUAGCCGUAGAAGCUAUUCGCGUCGGGCGGAGAAACGUCAGCGGCGCAGCCCCGACUCAUCUAGACACCACCAGCAGAAGGACAAUCAGCCCCCGAAGCGAGUGCGCCGUCCAAGUGUACCAACUACAGCCAUCGGCCGACACAGACAAGCCCCCUACAUUGUGCCUGGCAAAUCGGCGUACAUGAAUUUCUUGCGCAAGUUCCGCGACUGCAAUCCCACCUUAAGCCCCAAGGAGCAAGUUCGACGCGGAGCGGCCAUGUGGCGCCGCAUGACCAUGCACCAGAAGAAUCAGUUUCGAUCUCCCAGCGUAAUGACACAAUUACAGAUCUUACGGUAUAACAGGUCCUGUCGCCAAAUCCUUUAUAGCUUGGGUGCCAUAUCGUCGAUACAGGUGCGAAUUGAGGAGGAGAACGACAAAGAUUUUUGUCUGGACACGAUGCGCGGACCGAACUGCUACUCAUAUUUAGAGCAGCAGGUUCAAGGAGCAGAUGGGCGGCCAUCCACAUCCCUAGAUGUUCGUAGGACACGCCGGAAUUGGACUGGCGCAUCAUUCCAGCAGCAUAACCCAGAAGGAUCAGAGAGGGCACCAGUUGAUUAUUCUACUAACGUACGCAGACAAGGGACACACUUAGCUUUGGAGCACCAACAAAAGAACCAGGAACCGGGGGAGAAAGUCAUUGCGGUUAGAUCAAGGCGCAGGACGGCCAGUAGAAAAUCUCGCUCCACCGUUAGGCGAGUGAUUGCACGCAAAAGCCGCACUGACCCCAGAUCCCCCCUAACUCCUUCGCUCCGAGAUCUACCGCUCAUCAACCUAGCCAAUGUCCAUGACCAAAAUAUGUGGCCCCAGCGCCAAACUCGCUCGAAAUCCUCAUCGACAACUGGACUUGCUGCAAACGCACAUAUGUGCUCGAUCAACCGGUCUUCACCCCAUAGCCCCCACACUUCACACACGGAUCUGCGAUCAACGUCCUUGGGACCUUCGCAGAACGUUCCGCGACAUAAACUUCAAAAUUGGCUCAACUACUUUCGCAUCUUUCGACGACACUAGCCAAAAUUUUAUUUAUAACUAUUUAUCGUUUAAUCACAAUUCGUAAGAAUGUUUACCUCGACAAUUUCGAUUUUAAAUCAAAUCUUCUGAAAUUCCUGGUGCAGACACCAUACAGUUGUUCGAUAUAAUAAAAACAAGUCUAAUUUCUCA